UCAUCGCCGCGUUCUCUCCACUAACUUCUCUUCUCAGACGACAAGUGUCGUUACGAACCUGAACGACAACGAAUGUCGCGUCUAAAUUGUCGCACCAAAUUUCGUGUGUCGCUCCGCUACUUCGAUAACAGUAGUUGAUGAUAAGUGUUACCAAGUAUCACCACCAUCCAUCAUCAACUUUCAUCAUCAAUAUCAUAUAUGAACAUUGAAGGAAUCAUUGUUGAUGACAUUCACAACUGACCAGUUUUAGAUAAUUUAUGGACGUUAAUGGAGCCCAGAAUGUCAUUAAAAGUGAAGCAACAAUAUUUACGAUGCAAAUGACAUGUUGUCAGUCAGAAACGGGCCGCUGUUCUGGUGUUGCACAAUAUGUGCCGGUUAUGUGAUUCAUGAGUGGAAGUGAUGUGAUUUUAAAUAAGCGGUGAAUAUUUGACCGGGAGGUCUAAUGGCAUUGGCCAGCCAUCAUGACGAGUCCCUUCACAAAACGCACAAUCUGAUAACCGAGAUAAAUAGCCAGGUGGCACUGUUCAGGGACCUGCUGAUCCACAUCGGCACAUCGCGGGACUGUCCCGAGCUGCGCGAAAAGAUACGAAAGCUGCGGCGAACCUGCGUCGAUGCCUGUAAGCAUACUAGUCAGCUCCUUCUGCCACAAAUACGCAGCGCCGUGGCAGAGGGGAUCCCCGCCGACCACCCGCACCUCGUGCUCUUAUUCUUCAUGUGCCAGCUGUUCCUGAGGGAGCUAGCCAAAUGUAGCAGGUUGGUGCAACUCAUACCCAUGGACAUGACUGGAUAUUUCGAGAACAGAGCGGGACCAUCAAAUAUAGGAAAUGUCAUAAGUCAAAUCCUGCUGUGCAAGACUAUAGCACCUGACUUCAACCAGGAGGAGAUAUGCAGCAUUGCAAAAGAUUCCCAAGAACUCAACAGGAUUGUUCAUGAAAUGCAAGAGUUUCUGCCUCAGCAAGAAAUCAAUGCUGAACGACCAGCCGCUCUAACGGGUGAAGAUGCUACAAACAAAUGGACCAAAAAACGCCGGCGUAGUUCGAUAUACAAGAACGUUGGUUCAUUCUGCUGCCUGUGUAGACCCAACUACCUGUGAUAAGCACCAGUCUCAUUUAUAACAUCAUCACACACACCAUUCACUUGUAACGUUACGUCACGUUACGUCACCCCGUUUGUCCGCUCACUCAGUUCUACUACAGACCUUACAGUGAAUUUCACUCAAAACUAGCAGCAAUUUCUGAAUGGGAAGCAUUUUUCUAUCUAUACGGAAUGUUGAAUGUCAAUUUGAAGUGAAUCUCAUCAAUGUAUCUUUGACAUAACUGCUAUGAUAGUUAUGACAGUUAUUAAUUUAUUAUUUGCAAGCGUACCGGUAGUCUACGAGAUUCUCACAUUGUAAACAUCUCGUAAGCUACAACUUAACUAUUUCUUUUGACUUGAGCGAGUUUAUUAGGGUUUAACGGUGCGCGGGACAAGAAGAUAUAAACAAGCUUUAGUCUCAGAUACCGGUAAUGAAACGAUAUUAAUUCUCAUAGUUUUGUUGAUGUUGUUCAAUGGUUUCUGUGAUAUUGAAAUGUUUUUCUUUUAACAAACCCCCUUUUAACAUGACACAAAAGUGCCAUACAAAACUGAUGAACCCCUUUUAACAAAACGAAUGAACAUAAAAACUUAAGCAAAACGACCAAUUUGUAAUUUUUUGAAUGUUACUUUCAAGGAUAUUACAUAUGAAAAUAUUAGUAAAUUGCUCAGAAUUGUAUGAACAGUACUUGUGUCUACUUAUUUUGAUUUAUAAAAUAUUCUAAAUAAAAUUAUGAGUUUGAUUGUCAAUAGUUUAUCUGUACUGAACACUCAAUCACAGUGAGGUAGAAUUGAAAUUAUCAAUUUAUUUGAAUGGAUCUCAAUAUAGAUUCUACAAAAUCAAUAUUAUUUGUUCUAAAAAUGUUAUUCCCAUUCUAGUCUGGAAACAUUUUGUAAUUAUAAUCCAAGACCUUUAUACGUUUCACUUUACGUGACCUUCAAAACUCACUUGACUAACUUAGUAUCAUUUUUUCAUUUUAUAUUGAAAGUUUAUGAUUUUUUAUAUUUUCUAACAAUUUGGUACUGUUACAUUUCUGAUAUUUAUUAUUUUUUAGAUUAAAAUAUCACCCUAUGACGGUUGAAUGCGUAAAAUGCUUAUUUUUCCUAUUUCUGUCUGCCCACUGCUAUUAUUUGAACAAAUCAUAGCAGAUCAACAUCAAAGGUAUUGAGGACUUAGAGCCUUUCAAAUACGAUAUAACACACACCAAAUCAAUCUCAUUCUUCCAUUGUACCAGAAUCUUUCCACGAUUAAUAAUAAUAUUAUUGAAUAAUAUAAAUUAUUCUAACGUUCCUAACAAGUAUGGCAUUUUUGAAUGAUAAUAAUAAAACUUUUAUAAAAUUUUUCUUGACACGAUAGAUGUUGUUCACCAUAUGGAGUGAGUUUUAUAUAAUUACUUUAUAAGGCGCACGUACCCUCUCCUAAUCCAUUACACUUAUGACAAAGUAUCUCAUGGUUUGAAUAAAUUUCGACCUUUUUCAAAAAAUACCUCUAUUUGAACAUUUUGAUUAAGAUGAAGAAACACAUUGGUCCUUUAUUUUUACAUGGUUUAAGUCGACUCCACACGCAUUAGUGAAUCCAAAGGACUAACUCAAGGCGCCUGAUGUUGAGGAAAAUUCUUAACGUGUGGUUGAAAAAAUCUUCACAGAUUUUUCCAUCUACUCGUUAAAAUCUUUCUUGAGGUCUGGCGCCUUUGUGUAGGACUUGGGAUGUGUCAGGAGCGUAGAGCCACCUUUAAUAAUGGAAAGGACCUUAUUAUCCUAAUUAAUUUCAAUUUAAUUGGCAUCAGCAAUGUGUUUGGCAUAUUUCCUCUGAUCUUGAAGAAAAUGUGUAUUACUUUGUAACUUCACAUUACUUAUGAAACCAACCAAUGAGUAAGAAAGCUGAUGAAAUUGUAAACGCAAAGCUUGAGCAUUUUUUCUAACCCCAUAGUUAAUAUAUCUUGAUUAUAGCUGGAUAUUUUAUGCAAUAAUUAAUUAUUUUUAUAAUCAUCUUCACGUGGAAUUGCAAUUUUUAUGUUGAAUUGCAAUAUGUUAUGUUAAAUUAUCAAAAUAUUUAUAGUUAGGAAACUUGUAUAUUUUUAUAGAUAGCAUAUAAAUUUUGCGUCUCGAAGUCUUUAUUCUUGAAUGACUAUGUUCAUUAUUCGAAAAAGUUUAAUUUCCAAUGGAUAUUAUGUUCAAAUAAUGAUUUGUACUGUAACAUAUUGUUAGCUGUAUCUAAAUAUAUAAUAGCAUAAUGUUAAGAUUAUUUGUUAUUUUAGACCUUCAGUCCAAUUAUAUUGGAAUAGUGAACAUAGGUAUUAAUAUUAUUACUGUACAUGAAUAUCGGUUUAUUCUAAUAUUGUUUUCUCUUCCAUGUUUCUCCUUAAAUCUAUUUUUUUUUUUCAAUACAAAAAUGAAAAAGAACAAUGUUGAUAGGUAAAUUGUCUAUAUACUAUUUAAUUCGGUUACCCAAGUUCAAAGAAAAUCCUUAAUAAUUAAAUGAACUGAUAAAAUACUGUAAUGGAUGAAAUUAUUUUUGUUGUCAGCUUUCAAUCAAGAGUCACCCAUUAAAUGAAUAAACUUGAAUAACACAGAAUGAAUGCAUGUAGCAAUUCGUUAUAAGAUUACCGUAGCAUGUAAUAUUUAGAAUUUUCCCCACGAUAUUUUACAAACAAUAUAGUGUACAGUUAUUGAGCAGAUAAAAUUUUGGGAGUUUUUUAUAGCCUUAUCUUCUCAGGUAUUGGUUUUUCAUCAUUAUCUUGAAAUCAUUUUUAAUGACAAAUAUUGCUUUGAAAAAAGUUUUUUACGAGUGCAAGGAAUUUUUUUGAAAUUAGACAUGGUUUAGACAGAUUUAAACUACAAUUUGAUCUUAUAGUUUUUAAAUUCUAUAAUAAAACGAAUGAAUGUUCAAUGUGGCGAUUCCAAAAAAUGACUAUAUAAGCAGUACACGUACCUUAUACGCUAUGAGCUCAUAGCUAAGAGCUGAUCGAGACUUGAGCUUAUAGGUUUCAAGCUGAAUGAAUAAUAUAUUGAGAUAAAAGGCUAGUUUAACAUUUAUACAAAGCAGCUCGGAAUGGAUCAAGAAAUCAUCACCUUUAAAAUCAUAUUAAUCCAGCUUUUAAGUUUCAAACAAUUAGGUCUGCCAGUUCAACGAAUUGCAGAAUUCAGUGUUUAAAUACAUGAAAUUUGAGGAAUAUUUUUUCUGUAAGGUAGACCUUGCCUGUAAUUUAUUAAAUAUGGACGGAAUCAUACCUUAUUGUAGAAAUUUUUAAACGAUCAUUGGAGUACGGUAAUUAUUGAGAAAAUGUAAUUUUACACGCAUAAUUAAUAUUGAUAAUUUUGUAGAUACAGUACCUACUAUAAAAUUCUAACAAUAAUAUUAAUAAUCUCACCAACAUUACUUAUUGGAAUUAGUGCAAUUAAUAUUGUAAAGUUAGAUUUAUAGAUCAAUGUAAUGAGUAGACAAAGCAAAGUAGGGUUUUCUUAAUUACUGUAUACCUUGAGAGCCUUCCCAGAUAGAAAUUACUUACUGAAAAUGGGAUAUCCGCGGAAAAAUAUGGGUAUAGUCGGUUUUAUGUGAACCAUUGUAGUAUUUUCACUAAUCAAGUCAUUCAUUGGAAAAUGAUAUUAUCCUAUAUGAAACACAACAAAAAUGUUCUAUGAACAAUGAAAAUUAAAUUAGGCUAUGGAAGAAAAAACUGUAUUAUUCAUUGUUCAUCUAAAAUCUGAAGAUUUCAAUCACACUUUCAGAAUUUGAUUUCAUUUAAGUUUUUUCCACAAACAAAGAAUUACGAUCUCAAUAUUAAUGUGAAACUAUAGGCUACUAUAUAAACACAUAAUCAAGGAGAUUUAGCACUGUAAAGCUUGUAAGCAGUUUCAAUCAAUUUCCGAGUAACAAAUACAAUGAGAACGAGAACCUCAAUAUAUUUUAGAAUUUUCAAUAUAGGUAACAAUACGGUAUGCAAGUAUAAGAAUGAGAAACUUGGACAAAGAAUAAUAAUAAUUCGUACAAUAUAAUUUUGAACUUUAUGUGAAAGCUACGAAAUCAUUGAACUUCCAUGGUAGAUUACAAUGAGGUUUGUUUCGAGCUUUUCCUAAUAAAUAAGGUUCAUAUUUUAUCAAUGUAACCAACAUGAAAGGCGUUCCCCUGAUUUAUAUACAGAGGUUGCAGUAAUUAUAUGAAUCUUAUUUUCUAGGGAAAACUCAAAACAAACCUCAUUGUCAAACUACCUAUCACAAGAAUUCAAUGAGUUCGUUUCAAUAUCUUCAAUUUAAAAGAUUUCAUAACGUUUACAUGAGUAUCAACAUAAUAUUGUAGGCCUAGCUCAUCCUAAGUUAUAUCAGAAUCACUUUUUAAUGAAAAGGUUGAAAUUCAUAACAUUGAACUUAUUUUUACUUUGAGGCGAACGCACACCAAAACAGACAGACGUAUGCAGACAAACGUCUGCAUGCAUUAGAUAUAAUUUCUGGAGACGACUGUGUGCGCCUUAAAACAUUCGACCACCUGAAAAUGCAUUUUUUCUGUCUGUCUAAUGCUGUGUGCAUUUUCCUUUAGCCUAUUUCAUUUUCUCUUAUGUAUCACCAACACUAUAUCCUCAUUAACUAUUUUUUUAUGAAUUCUUAUAAUUUUAAACUAUGUUAUCUGGAUUAUUCUGCACUGUUAAAAUGAACAAGAAUGAGAUGGAAAUAUAUCUAUGGGACCAGAGUGUUAGAUUCUCAACUAACGUAUAAUCUCUUGCGUGAAUCAAUAGACUUUAUUUUUAAUGAUAGUUUCCUUGAUGAAUGUGCUUCUUCUGGUUUGAACUUGGACUAUUUUGAUACACAGUUAUAUUUCUGAGUUGAAAAUAAUAACUGGGAAAAUCAGCAAAUGAGUUAAGUUACGGUAUGUGAAAUUUAAUGCAUUUUGUUACAGUUUCAAACUUUUAAAUAUGAAUGAUAAAUUUGACAUAUUCUUCAUGGUAGAUUUCACAGGGUUUUUUCUGAGUAAGUUAUUUGACAGCUGAUACCGCAUACAAUAAUUGAAUGAACAAGUUUCAAAUAAUCAAUGGUUACCGUAGUAUAACAAGUAUUACUGUAUGGUACCUUAUUAAUUUAUUGUCAAAUUUAUUACUAUGGUAGCAUGAAAAAUUAUUAUACGGUAAUGGUAAUUCUUAUUAUCAUUGGCAUCUUCAUUUACUGGAAUGAAUAAGUUGUAAUCUUUUUAGUCAAAUAAUAGAUAGAGGGUUGUAUCAAGAGGAAAUUGUUUCACAUUUAUCAAUCUAAACCCAUCUAUUACUCUAAUAAGACUAUCAUAUUAUAUAGAAAUUAAAAGAAAUCAGAAAAUUAUUAUUUAUUGUUAGCGUAUUCAUUCAAUCAAUUGGCAUGAUCAAUUAUUGAUAUAUCAUCAACUCUCAAUCAAAAUAAUAAAAACAUUCUAUCGAUCUACAAGUAAAAAUCAAUCAGCUUGUCUCACCCAAACCAAAACCAACAAUUUGAAGAUAGUAGAAAUAUACCGUGUUUCAGAAGAGUACAUAUAUGCCUGUUGAUUCAACUCUCUUAUUUUAUAAUAACUAGACAUGAUAAUACGACUCAUUAAUACAAGAUAAAAACAGGAGCAUUGAAAAAAUGAAAUGUGUUAAAAAAUAGUAGGAUCCAAUAGUAACCAGGAAAAUACAUUUUGCCAACUCUGUACCAAUCCAAGAUAAUUGAUAAGUGAUAUUGCUCUCUUCUUACAAAUUCUAUUUCCACAUUCCUCAUCGAUUAUAUUUUUUUAUAAAUACUUUAUCAGAGUUCAAUACACAAUAUAGCUAUCAUCUUAUAAUAGUACCUAUGUAAAAAAAUUAGUUAUAGGAUUGUCAAUAAGAUAGUAUAAUAUUAUUAAAUAUUUAAUAAAUAAGAGAAUAGAACACCAAAAAUGUAUCUGGGUGAUACCCAUCUAGUCUAUUUAUAGUUUUAACUCACAGAGUUAUAUUAUUCUCAAUUAUACCUUCAAAAAGGAAUGAUUAUUUAUAUAGGAACUGAGAAAGUGUCGUCAGCUCGAUUUCCAUAGAAAUUGGUUGAUCAUUAAAAUUCCUCCAACUUUUUUUUAACCAGAUACAAGAAUAUUAUUGUUUCUAUUUAUUAAAGAUAAAUAGAUGGGAAACUCAUUGAUCAACAGAAAUAUUGUAAGUUAACACUACCCAACUUUAUCAUCUUUCUGAUUUAGCCUAUAAAUUGUUAAUGGGCCUGCGGCACAUUAUUAAAUUUUAAUAUCCGAGAUAUGCUGUACAAAAGGACGUACGUUUUUCUAUGAGAAAAUAACAUCAAUGGUGGAUAGAAUUUCAAGACUCCUAUAUACUCCAUCAUUUUUUCCGCACUAUUGGACUACUUCUUGUGUCUGGUCACUGAUGAAUUUAUUUGUUUAGAUUCUGUAAAAAUAGCAUUAUUCCAUUUUAUUCGAUAAUGUACCGUACCGGUAGCGGUACACUAUAUUUUAUAUCUUCUGAAAUGCAUUAAAAAUAAAAAUUAGGCCUUUAUAUCAUUUGAAUACUUUCUAGUCUUCUCUAUUUGAUCCUUCCACUUGAGAACUUACUCUACAGUACUGUUUUCUUUGUAAUAAAUUGUUGAGAAUAAAUUUAUAACCAGUUUUCUAA